UCCAAAUUGUUUUCUCAGCCUGAUUGAGUCUCAAAGCCUGCCGCCUCCGCUUCUUGAACGGCUGGAGCAGCUCUGGGCCAGCAAGCAGAGCCACACGACACCAAGUGAGGCUGGGCCAGACCCCAGGCGUGCCAUCCAGGUCCCGUCCAAGAGGAGCAGCCUGGCUCCCUGACCUGCAGUCCUGGGAGGUGGUGAGAGUUAAUGCUGCUGUCACAGAUGGCUGCCUGCAGCCUGGCACCGGGGCUGUGGCUCCUGCUGCUUCUUCAGGACAUCCAGGCAGCCCCGCAGACAUCGUUAACUCCAUCUCAUUCCUGUGACACACUUCAGAACUGGUUCUAUGACAAAACGUCACGAAGCUGCUGUUACCAGUGUCCCCCAGGCUAUGUUAAAAAGAAAGCGUGUCCCACAGACCCGCAUCACUGCAUGAGGUGUGGACCUGAACAAUAUCUAAAUGAGGCAUCCCAGAAGCCACAAUGUGAUGCUUGCGUAUCAUGCACAAAAGAAUCUGACCUUGUGGAAAAAGCCCCCUGCUCCUUCAAUUCUAGCCGUGUGUGUGAGUGCCGACCAGGCCUGUUCUGUCAGAUCCCUGUUCUGAACACCUGCGUACGAUGCCAGCAGCACACUAUUUGCAAGCCUGGUUUUGGAGUCAAAGUCAAAGGCACCUCAACAACUGAUGUUUCUUGUGAAAAGUGCCCUCCUGGGACCUUUUCUGAUCAGAACUCCAGCACCGACAUCUGCAAGCCCCACACUGAUUGUGCCAAGUUAAACAAAGUAGCACUAAGCAAAGGAAAUGCCACACACGAUCAAGUUUGCGCGGACCAAACUCCCACUUACCUCACCUCAGGCAUCUUGUCUGUGAGAUUAAGCAAUGAAACAAAUAAUUCUGAUGUGACGAGGCUUGAGGAGAAGCUGGUGACCAUUGCUAGUAUCCUUCUAAGUGACACAACAGCUGAAAACCCCAGUUCAACUGCUGAGGAGAAAGCUCUGGCUGGCACUUUUCCUACCUCAGAUGUAGCCAAGGGGAAGACAACAAGGGGAGAUCUUGUUCUUUGGGGAGUGGUUUCAUCUGUGAUAGCACUACUUGUGGUCAUGCUGUUAUUGCGGAAAUGGAAGGUUUGCAAGAGACGGAUCCUCAUCUUCAAAGGAAAGCCACAUCUGUAUUCAGUCUCCAGACACAAAUCCAGGCCCAGAUCUCAAGGUUCUGAUCUAGUGAACAAAUGUGCAAAGAUCUUGCAGACUCCUGACAAAGUGCCAGAAGAGAAAGAGUUAAUUGACAGAACUCUCCCUUUGGAAACCAAUAACAACUUGGUCUCCAGCACAGAAAAAGCAUGUAGUCCUGAUCUGAGUCUGACUGAUGUGAUGCAGGGCAAUGAAAAUGCCCCGGAUUGCCCUGUUGAUUCGCGAGUGAGAGACCACACAAAUAACCGAAUUGAAAAGAUAUACAUCAUGAAAGCCGACACUGUCAUUGUGGGGUCCAUUUCAGAAGUGUCUAGUGGCAAGAAUUGUGCUGUCAGAGGAUGUGAAAGUGAUGUUGAUGUCCAGGAGAACACGGAAGAAGAGGAGCUGGCAAUGCACUACCCAGAGCAGGAGACAGAAUCUUUUCCCGGGAAUGAUGUAAUGGUUCCCGUGGAAGAGGAAGGAAAGGAAUUUCAUCACCCCACCACUGCCACUGAAAAGUGAUAUCCCAUUGAGAAGAACUUGAUGUGUGAAACUAUGGAAACAGCCAGUGUGACAAUGAUUCUGAAUCUACUACAAGGGAGGUGAAUACAUGUUGCUUUAGGUAAUCUGAAAAGUAGUAUAUAACACAGAAACACAUUCAAAGAAAGAGCACUAGAACCUAUUUCAUCUAACAGAUGAGAGGAUCAUCCAAAGCAAUGAGAAGCAUUGGCCUUAUAGCUCACAUCAAAUAUUCCUCUCUUUUCCUUUGUCUCUCCCAGUGUCAUGCUGGAAAUGAGUCUGAAUCAAAGCUACAAAAUUCAGAGGACUUCUGGAUACAUACUCAGGUUUUGUGGCUUGCUUCCUCUGCGUGAAAGAAUGGAUUAAAACCUACAUCUGAUUAUUUCCACUAGCUGUGAAAAAUCUGGCCAGAAUCCAGAGUUAAGCCUGAGACCCAGCCAUGUUUUUUCUAUUCCAGUAUUACCAACACUUCCAAUUUUGUCACACAUUUUGCAACAUCUGCUAUUUUUCUUAAGGCCUCAACUCUUGAAUGAAAGUGAUGAUAAUUUCUGUUUUCGCUAACACAAACAGAACUCUUGAGUUUAUGGACUUCAUGUUUCUUGAGGAAGCAUGAUCAAAAGGUGCCUCACAGGCUCAGAAGACAGAAGGCAAAUAAAACUAAUUUCAGUCCGUCAUAGCUUAGGCCAAUCUCUGUAUUUUUUGAGGUCUGAUUCAUGGCUUUUGAUUACUUCAAAUCAUCAGUAAGGUUAAAAAUGGCCUGUUGUGAUGAAAGCCAAAGUAAUCUCAACAUUUAGAUGUCAAAAAAACUAUAGACUUAGCCGAGUGUGGAGUUUGUAAAAAGGGAGAAGAAGGAAAUAAAGUGAUUUUCUACAAAAAGCAAGGAACUGAAAAAUAGUCACAGUACUUAUUUCCUAUAACAUUGUUAAUUCCUGCUUGUUUUAGAGGAAUUGCUUAUAAUCAUCUGGGUGAUGCUGAUUUGCAUGUCUCUGUUCUUAAAAAAAAUUCUGUUUUGUUUUGAGCCCAACUGGCUUGUCUUGCGCAAAAUCUUUAUGCUGCUUGUUUGAUAACUGUAAAUGUAAUAGUGCUGACUAUGUUUUCACACAGGACAAUGGAAAAUGAGCAAGAUGACAAAGUGUGCUUUAAUAGUCAAAAAAAGGAACCACAAAAACAGUUACUUGCUUUGUAGUUUUACCCUGGGCAGAGUACCGUCAUAACAGCUGUGCAACUUCAGUUUCUUUUGUCUGAGACACUUAGCUUAAAACACACAGAAGGAACAAAAGAACAUAAAAAACACCCUCUUGGGCCAGACUAGUGCUCCAAGUAGCCCAACAUUUUGUCUCUGACAGUGGCAGUAAGAGUUGCUGUUUAGGUGGAGCACGUAAGCCUGGUUAAUAUAUGCUGUUUGUAUUCCUCAUACUUCUGCAGCAUCAGCGGUAAUUGGAUUAAAUAUGUUAGAGAGUUCGUCGCAGCCUUUAAUGUUCAUUUAUGAACCUCUUGCAUUAAUUUUCCUAAUCUCUCGAAUCUCCUGGUACAACCUGCCUCCACAAUCUUCGCUUAGAACAGAUUACAGACAUUUACAAUUCACUGUGUAAAGAUCGACUUUUGCCCAUUUUAAACUGACUUCCUACUUGUUUCGGUGAGUGCCGCUAGUUCUUGUAUUACAGAAUUUAAUGCAAUACUGAGUUGCAAUAAUGUUUGGCACUCGCUUUAUCCACUGCCUUUAUGAUUCUUGGUCAUAUUCCCCUCGGCCUCCAAACUGAAUUCCCACCUUUUUAUAAUCUUCUUGUAUGUUAGUUGCUCCAUUGCCUUGGUCAUUUUAGUUGAUCUCUUCUGUAUCUUUUCUAAUUUCACUAAGUUCUUCUGGAGAUCUGGAGACCAGAACUAUGUACUUCGUUCAAGAAGGUUGGCCAAGGUUUUAAAUAAAGGAUAAUUUCUGUUUUGUUCUCAAUGCCUUUCUUGAUGAUGCCUGCCAAUUUGUUGGUUUUUUUGGCUGCGCCUGCACACUAAGCAGAUGAUUUCAGAGACUUAUCAAGGAUGACUCCAAGAUCGCUUUUCCGAAUGAUAACUGCCAGCUGCAAGUUCAGUACCAGGUAGGCCUGGUUUAGGUUAUUUUUCCCUAAAUGAAUUACCUUGCAUUUAUCUACAUAGAAGCCCAUUUGCCACCUUUUUGUCUGCCUGCUCAGUUUCAUGAGCACCUUCUGAAUUUCCUUGCCUUUUCCAUGUCACAUAACUACCUGAAAGAGUUUAGUACUGCUUGCAAACCUGGAGAUUUCACUGUGCACACUUUUCUCCGUAUCACUGGGGAAUAUUUUGAAUAAAACUGGUCCCAGCACUAAUUCCUGAGGAACCCCACUACUCUAUCCUGAAAAAUGACCAUUAUGAUGAGCUCUUUCCUUCAUGUCUUUUAAACCAGUCAUAACUUUCCUAUCCUUUAAGCUUUAAGCAAAUCCAUAAAAUAACCUUUCCUCUAAACCUAUGGCAAUGUAGUUUUUUUGAUGUUCUUAGGUGUGGAACCUUGUCAAAGGCUUUUUGAAAAUCUUAAUGCAGUGUGUCUACUGAAUCUCCUUUAUCCAUUAAGCCUCUCAAUACAGGGGAAGAUAUAUUACCAGGUUUUUUUCGAUUGAAGAAACAAACCGAGAGGGGUUUUCAUUCUCUUGGAACCGCAGCCCCAAAGAUGAAAUAUGAGAACCUCAGCAUUAUGGGAUCCAGCCAUUGACUUUUAUCAGUGGAUAAUCUACCUAUAGUACACUUGAAAACUGGUUCUAGUUUUAAGUGUUGCUAGUUCCAGUAUUUACAUCUUGAAUUCCAUUCUUCUGUGGAGGACUAGAACAUAAAAUAUUUUCUAAAAAUAACUGUUGCCACGACAGGUGUAUUUAGUUCGUCUACUAAGCCUUGCAAGAGAGGUAAUUAGUGAAUCCUUUCUGACUGCUCCUGUGUUUGUACUUGUUCUGUUUCAUUCAGAAGGGAAGCUGCUCCUGAUGCUCAGAUGGGUAUCUGAGACUCCAUUUCUUUCAGCUGUCGGUAUUGCCCUGUCAGCGGCAGUUACAUGAGGUGAAAAAGGAGGCGAAAGAGAAUUAAUAUUUUUUGGUUUAAGUGCUUGUUGUGCAGCAGGCGGUCCAGUCACCCCAUACUGACAUAAAACAGCAAUGCUAGGAGGAAGCAAAAUUGAGUAGGACAAAUACUGGCCACGCUUUCCUCACUUCCAGUCAGGGCAGCUCACUGUUUUCCAGCACAUUCAAUUCAUUCUAGCGAAACACAGGAAUUUCUGUUUAAUUUUAGAGAACACCAGUUUGUGUAUCCACCAGCUGUGAAUAACCACGUUCACAUGGCCGUGGUUGUUCGGGGACAUUCUGUACUGACAGAGCAUAUUUGCAUAUUUCAGUUCUAUGUAUAAAUUAAUCUUUACAGCUUUCUAGAUGAAUCAUAGGCACUGUAACCUGUUAGAUGGAUUGCAGUUGGUUACUCUAAUGCCACUGGCAACCUUUGAGUUGAAAAAUUAAAUGGAUUUUAACGCAUAAGCCAUCUUU